GCACAGACAUCAGGGGUCAUGGCUGAGAAGACCACAGAGGAGACCCGGCUGUGGAAUGGGGCCAUACGUCAGGAUGCUUCGGUCUCCCAGCAGGGCCUCCAGGACAGCUUGUUCUCCUCCGAAAGUGACAACAGCCUGUACUUCACCUACAGUGGCCAGUCCAACACUCUGGAGGUCAGAGACCUCACCUACCAGGUGGACAUCGCCUCUCAGGUGCCUUGGUUUGAGCAGCUGGCUCAGUUCAAGAUCCCUUGGAGGUCUCACGGCAACCAAGACUCCUGUGACCUGGGCAUCCAGAAUCUGAGCUUCAAAGUGAGGAGUGGGCAGAUGCUGGCUAUCAUAGGCAGCUCAGGCUGUGGGCGAGACUCACUCCUAGACGUGAUCACAGGCAGAGACCACGGUGGCAAGAUGAAAUCAGGACAAAUCUGGAUCAACGGGCAACCCAGCACGCCGCAGCUGAUAAGGAAGAGUGUGGCCCACGUGCGCCAGCACGACCAGCUGCUCCCCAACCUGACGGUCAGAGAGACCCUGGCUUUCGUGGCCCAGAUGCGCCUGCCCAGGAGCUUCUCUCAGGCCCAGCGUGACAAAAGGGUAGAGGACGUGAUUGCGGAGCUGAGGCUGAGGCAGUGUGCCAACACCCGCGUGGGUAACACAUAUGUGCGUGGGGUGUCCGGGGGCGAGCGCCGGAGAGUGAGCAUCGGGGUGCAGCUUCUGUGGAACCCAGGAAUCCUCAUUCUGGACGAGCCCACUUCCGGCCUUGACAGCUUCACGGCCCACAACCUGGUGAGAACGCUGUCCCGCCUGGCCAAGGGCAACAGGCUGGUGCUCAUCUCCCUCCACCAGCCCCGCUCUGACAUCUUCAGGCUGUUUGACCUGGUCCUUCUGAUGACAUCUGGCACCCCGAUCUACCUGGGGGCCGCGCAUCACAUGGUGCAGUACUUCACGGAGAUCGGCUACCCUUGUCCUCGCUACAGCAACCCCGCCGACUUCUACGUGGACUUGACUAGCAUUGACAGACGCAGCAAAGAACAGGAAGAGGCCACCAUGGCAAAGGCUCGGUCACUUGCAGCCCUGUUUCUAGAAAAAGUGCAAGGCUUCGAUGACUUCCUGUGGAAAGCCGAGACAAAGGAACUCCCCGCGGGUACCUAUGCAGUCAGAAACCAGACCCUCUCACAGGACGUGGAUUGUGGGGCUGCUGCAAAGCUGCCCGGGAUGAUACAACAGUUUACCACUCUGAUCCGUCGUCAGAUUUCCAAUGACUUCCGAGACCUGCCCACCCUGCUCAUCCACGGGGCGGAAGCCUGCCUGAUGUCCCUCAUCAUUGGGUUCCUUUACUACGGCCAUGAUGUCAAGCCGCUCUCCUUCAUGGACACAUCAGCCCUCCUGUUCAUGAUAGGAGCACUUAUACCUUUCAAUGUCAUUCUGGAUGUCGUCUCCAAAUGUCAUUCGGAGAGAUCGAUGCUGUAUCACGAGCUCGAAGAUGGGCUGUAUACUGCUGGUCCAUAUUUCUUUGCCAAGGUCCUGGGCGAAUUGCCGGAGCACUGCGCCUACGUCAUCAUCUACGGGAUGCCCAUCUACUGGCUGACCAACCUGCGGCCGGUGGCUGAGCUCUUCUUCCUGCACUUCCUGCUCCUGUGGCUGGUCGUCUUCUGCUGCAGGACCAUGGCCCUGGCUGCCUCCGCCAUGCUGCCCACCUUCCACAUGUCCUCCUUUUUCUGCAACGCCUUCUACAACUCCUUCUACCUCACCUCGGGCUUCAUGAUAAACCUGGACAACCUGUGGAUAGUACCUUCGUGGAUUUCCAAGCUGUCCUUCCUCCGCUGGUGUUUCUCGGGGCUGAUGCAGAUCCAGUUUAACGGAUACCCUUACACGGUGCAGAUCGGCAACAUCACCUUCACAGUCCCCGGAGAAGAGUUGGUGGCAGUCAUGGACCUGAACUCGCACCCACUCUACGCCAUCUACCUCAUUGUCAUUGGCAUCAGCUGUGGCUUCCUGUUCCUCUACUAUCUGUCCUUGAAGUUCAUCAAACAGAAGUCAAUUCAAGACUGGUGAUGCUCAUCCAGGCUUGCUCCUGCUGGUGGGACCCUUCUCCCAGGGCUGGCUGCCUCCCGUGGAGCCCUCUUGAUGCCACUGAGGACAAAGAUCACAGAGCUCAGCAGCCGCCGCCUCUUGGUGCUGCAGUGGCACAGGUCAGCCACAGGAUGGCAGUAGAAUAAAGACAGUUGAAAGGGAUUUCUGCUCACUGGCCUGGGCUUGUGACAGGAAAAAACAAAACAAAAACCGGGACUUGGUGCACCCGCAAAGUUGCUCAUUUAUUUCGUUGGUUAUAUCUUUAUACAAGCAACCCACUUUAGAUAUAAAUUGAGUAGCCAGGCCAUGCAAAAUUUCUGGAACCCAGAGAGAAUGGUGUUUUAAUAGCAAAAUGUUGGGUUUUAUCUCCCCCAGUCCUCAUAUCCUGUGUUGAUCCGCUCCCACUACAGAAGGUGACCUAAAACAGACUAGCGAGAAGUUAGAGAAGUUAUUUCUUAUCUCUGUGUGGAUCCACAGACUCCAAACCCCAAAGCUGAACAACUAAGAGUUUAUUGAGCAUCUCCACGGUAGGUACGGUAUAAAGCGUGGCACAUGGCUAUUGUCACUUGUUCUCAGAACAACCUACGGAUAUAAGCAGCAUCCUGUUUUAUAGGUGAGGUCCCUGAGGCAAAGACAUAUUCAGUUGUCUCGGCUUACAUGGUUGCUUUGUGGUGGAAUCAAAAAGAUCUUGAGGUCUUUGGGAGUUAGAGAGCAAAAGACCAGGCCUGAGAUACCGGCAUUGGAGUUCAAGAAGCUUCUAGAAACAGUUUGGAGAGGUUGUGCCAGUCCAGGCAAGCCUCAGAGUUGCAUCCCACUUUCUGGGUCUCAGAAUUAGUCUUGAACCUCUCUUAAUGGCCAGAGGAUGGAUUGCUUGCUCACCCGGGUUAUAUGCUUCCGGCCUGUGCUGAGGACCAUUUGGCUCAAAGCACAGAGAUGGGAGGCGGUUGUUCCCAGACAAAAACCAGAGUCUGGCACUGAAAGGAACAGUGAGGAGGGUGUUUGGGGCCAAGAGGAUGUUUUCCACCAACUCCCCAGAUCCCAUGUCCAGCGUGGUCCCUGGCCAGCAGUAGGGUAUCACUGGGUGCACACGAGGUAGGCGAAAUCCCAGGGCUGCCCAGACCCACGAACUCAGCAUCCGUGUGUUCAGACUAACCUGUGACGUAAGCGCAGACCCCAGUGUGAGCAGCAACUGUCCUUCCCAGCACCCACUAGAUUCAUGGAGCUCACACAGCCCCAUUCCACCAUUCAGGGAACAGAUGCCACUUAAGAUCCAGAAAGCGAUCCACAGUGCCCUCCUCGCCCAGUCCAGGGCAUCGUCUCUUUAGUUCCUUUCAGUCUGGAAUGCUCCUCAAUGCUCCUGACUCUGGGGUAGCUUUGAAUUUGGGUUUAUCUGGUGUAUUUCAUGAUUAAAUCUAGGCCAGGCACCUUUGGUCAGAAUAUCCAGAAAUGACACCCCCCCCUCCGGCCACCAAAUGUGUCCCAUCAAGUGGCACAUGGUUUCCACUUGUCCUAUGCCGAUGUUCACUUGGAUUGGUUGAUGGAAGUCAUGUCUGUCUGUCUGUCUGUCAGACUCCUACACAUUCACUAUGUUCUCCCUUCCAUAACGAAUAAACCUUUUGCAUGCCA